CCUCUCCAUCGAGCUCUUCCCUCUGACCCGGCCCUCUAUCCCCUGAUCCAUCUCCCUCAUCCCCUCAUCCCUACCCUCUCCCUAUCUCCUCUAUCCCUCUCCCUCUAUCUCCCCCCCUCUCCUCUAGGAGAUCCCCCUCUCCCUCCCUCUCCCUCUAUCCUCCUCUCCAUAGCUGAGUCUGAGGGAUAAUGAUCUGAUCUCUCUGCCUAAAGAGAUAGGAGACCUGGCCCAGCUCAAAGAGCUCCACAUUCAGGGCAACAGGCUCACUGUGCUGCCUCCUGAACUGGGUAAGACUGAUCACACAAACACACUAUUGCACACAGACACAUGUGCAUGGACACACACACGCAUACACACACACUCACACAAUCACUGUAUGUGUGGUGCAGGUGUAGUUGACUGCUCCUCUGAUUGGCUGGCCUCUUCCAGCAUCGCUCCACUGCCCCACUGUCCCUGUGUGUGUGUGUGUGUGUGUGUGUGUGUGUGUGUGUGUGUGCGCGCGCGCAUGCCCCAGACUGCAUGCUUCACAGAUCCAUGAACCCCCACAGAGGUCACCAGGGGUCAACCCUCUCUCUGACAGCAUGUAGAGUACAAUGUGUGGACCCUCACCACUGGAGGUUCUGCAGUGAAACACACUGUGGAGAAACACCGCUCAACCCAGCUCAGCUUACAAAACUGAAUCUCCUUCCAGUACAAUACAAAGGAAAUAUUUUCAUCAGUUAGUAAAAACCAAAAAAGGGAAUGUCUUCAGCCAAGACCUAAAGCGGGAGAGAGAGAGUUCAGGAGAUGAAGGAGAGGGCGGGAGAGAUGGUCUCCCUACCUCUCACUCUUAUUCUCUCGCUAUCUCUCUCACUCUCUGUGUAGAGCUGAUUAGAAUCUCCCUGUCACGGCUCCCUAAUCCCAGUUUCUUACUGCUCUGGCCUUGUUAGGGCCACAGCUACACCACCAGCCAAAAGAGAGGGAGAGACUGAGGGAAGGAAGGAGAGAGGGGGGUAGGGAGAAAGAGGGGAAGGAAUGUAGACUGAGAAAGAGGGGGUAGAAAAAGAGAUGGAGGGGAGGAAAAGAGGGGGAUGAGGGAAGAAAGAUAUAAAGGGGGAAGAGGGAGGGAGUGGCCCCUCGAACAAGGAGCAGCCAAGUGCACAAGGGAAGUACAAGUAUGGGGAUAGAAGAGCAGGCAUAGUGUAGCUGUAAAGACCACACUGGAGAGGAGAGGGACUAACACCACCUCAUCCUGUAACCAGGGGAGAGGGACUAACACCACCUCAUCCUGUAACCAGGGGAGAGGGACUAACACCACCUCAUCCUGUAACCAGGGGAGAGGGACUAACACCACCUCAUCCUGUAACCAGGGGAGAGGGAGGGAGGGAUGGAAAGGAGGAAGGGAAAAUAUAAAAAAUAUGGAGAUUAUUCUCUUUCUGAGGUUUCAGAUGUAUGUAAUAUAAAUCUAAAAAAGUGUAUUUCAGGAAGAUUAUUACAUUUUAGUCAUACUGUAAAACCAUGAAAUCAUUCACUCUCUGAAUUCAACCUUAGUUCAGUCUCACUGUAUUUUCCCAGACAAAGCUGAAAGCGAGGAGUUGAGUAAGCAGAGCAGUGAAACUGUAGAUUCUGUACAAUUAUAGAUGAACAGCUGAACAACACUAACUGACUAGUUAGCAUGGGGCUGCUGGUGUUGGCUGGCUCUGACCAGGCGUAACGUUGGGUUGAGGUUGGGGGGACCUUGGGGUUUUAGGCUUUAGGCCCAGACAGCUCUCUCAGUGCUGGGCUAAUCAGAUGUGUGUUAAUUGGUCUUUGAGGUGCUACCAUCAACCACAUUAGCACAUUGACCCGUCGCCCGCGCCACAAUGUUAUCAGAACGUUGUUCACUCUUUCGCCCUUGCUCUGCCUCUUUCCUCACUCCUCUUCUCCCCACCCCUUCAUCUCUCCACCCAUUGACUUCUCCUUUCCUCCCUAACACUCUUUUCUGUAUCUCUCUAAAUCUCCUAAUCUCUCUCUGUCCAUCCCCCUCUGUCUCUCCUCAGGUAACCUGGAUCUGACUGGGCCUAAGCAGGUGUUCAAGGCAGAGAAUAACCCGUGGGUGACCCCCAUAGCAGACCAAUUCCAGCUGGGAGUCUCCCAUGUGUUUGAAUACGUCCGCUCCGAGACCUACAAGUAG